AUGUUACCAGAUCCAUUCCAAACGAUAUUCCUUGAAUUGCUAAACAAUCAGCAUGCUCCUCUCCCUAUUAAACCAUCUCCUAUACGGAAAAAUCAUAAUGCGUUAUCUGUCGAACGAUUCGGAAGUAGAGUGGAGUGCGCGAUGUGUAAAGCGCCAGUGGAGAGUAAGCGAACAAUGCUCGUCGGUCAUGCCAAGUCCCAUUGCCCUCAAAGACAGUGGCAAUGCCCCCAUUGUGAAACGACGGCCGCCUCCAUUCUAAAACUGAAGACUAGCACGUUCAAAAACGCUCACAGAGAGCGACCGCCGAACCCAUGA